AUGGGUGAUAUAGAUCGCAAAAUUAAAGAUAUAUGUAUUCUAUUAAAUAGUAACAAUGAAAAAAAAAUACAGAUAGGAUUAAAAAAUUUGUGUUUAUUCAUUGAACAUAAUAAUACUAUUAAUGAUAAAAAAUAUGAUUAUUUUGUUGAUAUAAUACUAGAAAAUAAUUAUUCAGAUGUAAUUAUAUUUGUUUUGUCAAGGGAAGUUGAGAAAAGUAAAUUAUCAAAAUUACAACAUGAAAUUAAUUUAGAAUAUGUUGAAAUUAUAUUUUUUACGUUAAAUUGGGUUUUAUGUAAUAAAUUUAAAGAAAAUUACGGAAAUGAAGAAAAUGGAAGAAUAAAUAUAAAAGAAAAAUUUGAAAAAUCAUUGAAUUUUAUUAAUAUUGGAUUAUUCUUAUGUGAAACUUUAGAUUUUAUUGAAGUAACUAUUUUAAAUAAAUUUAGUUAUAAUAGAAUAUUUAUUUUAAAAACUAUUUUUUAUUUUUUAUUAUUUCAUGAUAAAUUCCAUCACAUGUUUUUUAAUUCCACCUUAUUAUUUAACUUAAUUAAGUUAAAAAAAAACAUCAACAAUAUUACUGAGUUGGAAAAUAAAAAUGAAUUAAAAGAAAAAAAAGAAGAAAAGAGAGUAAUGCUUUCAAUUAAAAAUGUAGAAAAACAAAAAAAAAUAUUCAAAGCGGAUUGGUUAGAAAAAGAAUUAAUUUUUUUAUAUAAAUUUUUAGUUAUUAAAAAUAUAAGAAAUGAAAGUAAUCAAAAUAUAAUUAAUACUAUAAAAAAUUGUAGUUUUUGUAGUGAGUUACUAAUAAAAAAACAAAAUGGGAAAAAUAAAAUAUAUAAAGAAAAAGUAAUAGAUUCAGAAAAAGAAAGAAAAUUAGAGGUAAAUAAAAAUGAAUUUGAAAUAGUUAGAGUGUCCAUAUUAAUUUAUUCUUUAUAUCGUUACUUAUUUAUCUCAAAAAAUAAUAAUUUGUAUAAAUAUUUUGAUAAUAUAUGUGAGGAAUUAUACGAAAUAUUUAUUGAAUGUAAUGAGAAUAUUAGAUACUAUAUUUUGUUAUCCUUAUAUGAACUUUUAAAAAAAAGUGAAAAUUAUAAAUAUAUGAAUAUUUUUAAUAUUUUGAUCAAAUUAUUAGGUUUAUUUUUAAAUGAUACUCAAAAUGAUAUUGAUACUUCGUUGCUUUUUUUUAUAAAUAAUCUAUUAAAAGACAAAAAAUUUAAUAUUAUUUAUAAAAAUGACAAGUUUAAUUAUCAUUACAUAUUUCUUUUAAAAAAUUCUAAUAAUAAAAUAAGUGACUAUAAAUUGCAAACAGAAAAAAAAAAAAAAGAGAAAAAAUAUUACUUGGUAUUAAGUAAUAAUAAAAACAAUGAAUUGUUAGUUAUGAAUGAUUAUAGUGAUUUAAUAAAAAGUAUUAAAAUGAUGAAAAAUAAAAAUUUUAUUGAAAUAAAUAAUAUUUUUCUUUUAAAAAUAAAAAAAAAGGAAAUUCAUAGAAUUUGUUUAAUUUUUAAGAUUUUAGAAUUGUAUAUAGAUGCAUGCCUUACUGAAACAAAACAAUUUUUAAUUUAUUAUCCUUUGAAAGAAAAUAAUAAUCUUAAUAAUAAGAAGAAAAUAAUUAAUAAUAGAGUUUAUGAUAAUUUUUUUACAUUUUUAACUGAAUUAAAAAUAAAGUAUUUUAUAAAUCAUUAUGUGAUUAUUAAAACUAUAGAAAAAUAUCAACAUUUUAUUAGUUUAUAUUACAAGAAUAAUAAAAAUUUUAUAAUAAAUUUUGAUAAUACUCUAUUUUUAUUUUUAUUUCUUAACUUAUUUAUUGAUUUAAAUAAAAUUUUCUUUACAUAUAAUGUUCAAUUAAAAGAAAAAAAGAAAACAACAGUUGAAAAUAGAGUAUUUAAUGACAUAUUUACUACUCUAAUGAAAGAAAUGAAAAUAAACAACUUUUGUGAUUUCAUUUUAAAUAGAGAACAUAUGAUUGAAGGAAAAUACAUAAAUAAAGACAAAAACGAUGAAAAUGAAAAUGAAAAUGAAAAUAAAAAUGAAAAUAAAAAUGAAAAUAAAAAUGAAAAUAAAAAUGAAAAUGAAAAUAAAAAUGAAAAUAAAAAUACUUUUAUUAUACAAAGUAAAAAGAGAAAAAUGAUGAAUAUUAAAGAAAAAAAAGAAGAAUUAAAAAAAGAAAAAAAAAGAAAAAUAUUGGAAGAAACAAAUAGUAUAAACGAAAGUAAGUUAGAUAAAAAAAAAGAAGAAGAAAUAAAAAGUAUUAAUAAUGAAAAUAAUUUUUUUAUACAUUUUAAAAAAGAAAAUGCCUUUGAAAAAUAUUUACAUAAUUAUAAAUAUAUUUAUAAAAAAAUUAAUAUUGAUGCAAUAAGAAAUACCGAGUUUCUUAAUUUAUUUAAAGAAUUAAUAAACUAUAGAAUACUUUUAGAAUUUUAUAAAAAAAAAAAAAUGAUAUAUAUAAACAAUAAUGAAAUAAUAGAUGAUGAGAAUAUUUUAAUUCAAAAUAUCAAACAUUUUAAUGACUAUAAGUAUCACUUUGAAAAUGAAAUAAAUUAUAAUAAUAAAUUAAAGGAAGUAAUAUAUUUUUUUAUACCUAUGAAUGUAACUAAAUUUUUAUUAAGAAUAACAAAAAAAGACAAGAAUCAUUAUUAUAGUUAUUUUAUUAUAUCAUACAUGUACUAUUGUAUGGAAAUAUAUAAAUGUAUAUCAUUAUUUAUUUUGUCUAUUGAUUCUUUUAUAAACAUACCAAAGGGAAUAAAUAAAAUAAAGUUGCUUAAAAGUAUAAGAUUAGAUCUAUCGGGUUAUUUUUAUAAUUUAAUUUCUUCUUACCAUAUGUUCGAUAUCUCUUAUAUAAACAAAAAUAUAUUAAACAAUAUUCAAGAGAAUGUGUUGAAUAAAGAUAAAAAUAAUAAAAAAAAUAUAUCUUCAUAUAAAAAAAAUGGAGAAUAUGAAUAUACUGAUAAUGAUUCAGAUGAUUACAUUUUUAAUAUUAACAUAAAUGAUAAGGUAAUGGAAUUAACAGAUAAUAAUAGAAAAGAAGAUGAUAAUAUAUUAAGUUUACAUUAUUUUUUAAAUAAUGUUAGCAUAGAUAAAGAUAAUUUACAUAUAUUCUAUUUUAUUCUUGUUAAAAAUUAUAUUAAUUUAUUCGAUGAAUGUGAAUUGAAAAAAAAAUUAUUGAAUGAAUUAUAUAAUAGGAAAAAGAUUAUUGAAAUAAAAGAUUUUUCUUUAUUUUAUAAUAUUAACGAAAAUAUAUAUAAAAUAUUUAUGAAAAUAUUGGUUAAAAAUUGUUAUUUUACUGUUGAAAAUUUUAAUUUUUUGGAUAAUUUAUUUUUUAUUUUUAUUUAUUACAGAAAAAAGUUUACUGAAGGAGAUGAAAAAAGCAGAAAGUGUUAUGAAAAAUAUUAUUAUUACAUAGAAAUAUUUUUAUGUAAAUUAUUAAAAAAAACAAACUAUUUUGAUUCAAAAAAUUUUGAUGAUUUAAAUUUAUUUUUUAAUUAUUUAAGGAAGAUAUAUAAUUUAAGAGAAUUUAUUAUUUUUUUGUCUUUAUUUUAUAGAAUUUUUAAUUUAUGUAAAAACAAAUUAAAAUUCUUAGAAAAUCUAAAUACAAAAGAAAGAAAUAAAAAUAUGUAUAACUGUGAGUCAUCUGUGUUUUUAAAUUUUAUAAUUGAAUUUUUUUUUACAAAUAAUUUAAAUAGUCUACUAAAUGGAGUACCAAUGCUAAAAGUUAUCAAAGAUAACAAAGAAGAAAAACAUGUAAAAAAUACUAUUGAUGAUACAUUCAAUUAUACUGUAGAUGAUGUUGUAAAAGUAUAUAUAAAUUAUAUAAAUUUUAUUAAAUAUACAUUAUUAAUUAAUCCAUAUAUUUAUUAUAAUUUUAAAGAAAAAUUAAAAAAAAAGAAGAAUAUAGAAGAAUUAUUUUAUUCUUUUACAAAAAAAAAAGAAUUGAUACUAAAUGUAGAAUAUAAUUUCAUUGAUAAUAAAAGUGAUAAUAAUACGAACAUUUGUAAUAGUUUAGAUAAUAAUAAUAUUAAAGAAAAUAAAAAAAAUUCAUUAAAUUUAGUAAAUGAGAAACAUAUAGCAUGUUAUAAUGAAAUAAAACAACAAAAUAGAGCAUUUAGUACCUUUUUAAAAUUUCAAAAAAAUUUAAAAUUAUUUUUAAAGGCGAUUAAAAAUAUUAAAAGUAAAAAGAAACUAUCCAAAUAUCAUUUGAAUAUGGAUAAAACAUUUAUUAAGAGAAAUAAAAUAAUUUUUUUUACAGAUUUUUUAAUAUAUCAGAAGGAUAUACAUAUAAAAAAUAAUAUGAAUGAAAAUUUUUUUAAAAAUAUAUUAAAUAAAAGCAAAAAUAUUUUGAGUAUUUUUUUUAAUGAUGAUAUUACUUAUAACUUUAUAAUUAGAAAUGAAGAGGAAUUAUAUUACAGUAUGUGUAAUAUUAUAUGUGUUUUAUACAAUUAUUAUUUCCUUAUUUACAUAUAUAUAAGUGAAAAUAAUAAUGUUAAUAUAAAUAUUUUAUUAUUUUUAAUAAACAAAAUUAACGAAAUUUUAAAAUUAUAUUUGUACAUUUCUUCUGAUAUAAAUAAGAAUUUUAGUUUAUUUCUAAAACGAACAGGAAGAUAUGAAGACAUAGAAAAUAUAACAUUGUACAAUAUUGAUUUACAAAAACGUGGUUUUUAUUCAAAUAAUUUUUUUUUAAAAAUUAACAAUUUAAAAAAAAAAAAUUUUAUAUUAUUCAUCAAUAUAUUAAAAAAGGGAUUAUUUAAGAAAUUGUUACAAUAUUUAGAGACAAUAUAUAUAACAAAUAAGCAUAUAUAUGAAGAUUUUUAUUAUUUAAAUUUAUGUUUUAUUAAUACAAAUGCAAAUAUUAUAAGUUUAAAAAAAAAAAAACAUAUAAAAUUAAUAAUUCGAAAUUUAAUUUUUAUGGAAGAAAUAAUUUUAAGACAAGAUGAUGAUAAAAAUAAUACAUUUUUUAAAAAAAAAGUAUCUUUUAUGAUUUUGUUUUUAUUAAAAAAAUUAGAAAAGAAGGAUUUUUUUAUAAAUAAGUUAGUUAACAAUUAUUGUAAUAAUAAGAAUAUUAUAGAUAACACAAAAAGAAAUAAUAUGUGCGUUAGUAAAAAUAUAAAUUUUUUUUUACAACAAAUCAUUUAUUUUUUUAUUUAUUAUAUAGUUAAUGAAAACUCCCAAAUUAAUUCGAAAAUUUUUAAAAGUGUACCACAUUUAAUUAAAAUAAUAAUGGAAAAUAAAUUUAUAGAUAUACAAACAUUUAAUAUUUGCAACGAAUUAUGCAAAUUAUUCAUAAGUAAGUGUUAUAAUAACUAUUCAAUAAAUGAUGAUAUAAUAAAAAAAAUAUUGAUACAAGAAUUAAAUAUAAACAAUAAUAUUUCGAUGUGUAAUAAAAUUAAAAAUAACCAAAUAAAUUUACUAAAUGAUAAAGUAGUAGAAAGAAAUUUAAAAGUAUUCAUUAUUUAUAAUUAUAUCAAAUUCUUUGAUAUAGAAGAAUUUAAAAGGAAAAAUAUAAAUAUGAACAAAGAAAAUGUUAUUAUUAUGAAUCUUAUUUAUCUGAUAAAAAAUAAUAAUUCAUCAUUCUUAAAAGAAAAUUCUUUAAAUUUUUUAGAUAAUUUACAAUAUGAAAAGAUAUUUAAUUUAAGUAAAAAAAGUUUUUCUAAUGUUAUUGCAAAAAAGUAUUUAAAAAAAAUUACUUAUGCUUAUGAAAACGUUCAUGAAAAAAAUAAAAUAAGUUUUCUUCUAUUAAAUACAAAACAGUUAAAUAAUAAAAAUUGUUUAUAUAUAGCUUUAUGUAUUUUAUUUUUUUUAGAGAAAAUUCUUAAUAAAAAAAAAAGAGCAUUUCUUUUUAAGAGGUAUAAUAAAUCAGUUAUAAGGAGAAUAUGUAAAAUAAUUUUUUUUUAUUUUUAUGACAAUUUUUAUAAAAAUGAUAUACAUAAUGAGCUUAUUGUAAAAGCAUAUGGAAAAAUAAUUAAUUUUACUUUUAAACGAAUUUUUAAAAAAUUAAAAGGAAAAAAAACAACACAAAAUGAAUGUCCAAUAAAAAACAAUAAAGAAAUUGAUAAUUCUGAACAAAAAAAAACUGAAUUUAUGAAAAAUCAUUAUCAUGAGAGUAUUAAUAAUGAUAAUACUAUCGAUGGUACGAAUUAUAAUAACAGUUACAUUAAUGUUAACAAUAAAAAUAAUUGUAAUAUCAAUGUUAAUAAUAAUUUUCAUAUAGAUAAUAAUAAUAUACAUAAUGACAAUUUAAAAUAUAAUAAAAAUUAUAUAAAUUUUAUAUCAAAAAAAAAAAAUGAUUAUGAUAUAUUACUAGUAUUAUUAAUAAAUUUGUUAAACAAAAAUAAAAAAAAGUUUAAAAUAGAAAAAUUAAUAGAAAAAUAUUUUUACUCAUUAUUAAUUCAUAUAUCAUUUAUAAAUAAUAGAAAGAAAAUAUAUAAUUUCCAUUAUGGAAAUAUUAUGAAAAAGUAUAUUAAUAUGACUAAUGAAUUUUAUUUUAACAGUUUAGAAAAAUAUAAAAAAACAUAUAUAUUAUUUGAUUUAUAUUUUUCAUUAUUUAAAUAUAUGAAAUUAAGAAAUUUAAAUAUUUUAAAUAUGAUUGAAAUUUUUUUUAAAGAUAUUUAUAUAGAAGAAAUUAUCAUAUCACAAAUAGAGGAAUAUAAAAGAAGAAAAAAAAAAAAUGAAAAGAAAUUAAUUUUUAUAUUGAAAGUAAUAAAAAUUUUUUAUGAGGAAUGGUAUAGUUUAUCUAAAAAUAAAAUUACAAGACAAGUAAUAUAUUUAAAGAUGUUAAAUAAAAAAUUAUUUAGUGAAUUAAAAAAAAUGUAUAGUUAUACCAUAACAACUAUUAAUAUUCAUAUAAGAAAUAUAUUUUUUGUAGAUUUAUUUAAUUAUCUUAAAUCUAUUACUAUGAAUAGUAUAUUAGAUAAUAAAUUAAUUGAUGAGAUUUUAAAAUUUAAAGAGUUUAAUUUGAAUCAUGAUAAUGAUUACAAUUGGUUAAAUAUGAACACUAACAUGAUAAAUAAAACGUGUUUAUAUUUUUAUACAAAUGAGAAUAUACUAAAAAAAAUAGAAAAUAGUGAAAAUGAUUUUUUAUUUUUUAUGAAUAUGAAUAACUCAAGAAAAAACGAGAAUUUAAUUAAUAAUAUAGAAAAUUACAAUGAUAAUGAAAAUGGAAAUAUAAAAAAUAAAUUUAGCGAAAACAUGAACAAAUUAGAUAACAAUAAAAAUAAUUACUAUUAUAAGAAUUAUACAAAUAAUAAUUUUUUAGGCGAAAAUGAAAAAGAAUCAUUUAAGUAUAAUGAUAACAUAAAUAAUGGUGAAUUAGAAAAAAAAGAAAUAUUUUUAAAAAAUAGUAGUAAAAGCUUUUAUUGUAUAUUAAGCCAAAAUGAAUUUACAAAAAAUGAAACUUAUUUUUUAACAUACAAAAAUAAAUUUAAAGAAAAUGUAUAUGAUUAUUUGUUUUUGCUUUGUAUAAUUGUUAGUAAAUUAAUAUUUUGUUUUAUAUUAAUGGCAGAAAAAUUAAGAAUAUUUUUUUAUCAUUUUAGAAUUUUAUAUACUUAUAAUAAUGAAAAAAUGUUUUUAAAUUUUGAUUUAUUAAGAAUGCAAGAAAUCAAUAGAAAAAUAAAAAAUUACAUAAAGAAAUAUCCAGACAUUUAUUUUUAUAUAGAUUAUGAUAAUAAUAUUGAAGAAAAAAGAGUUAAUAAUGACAAUUCAUUUUUUUAUAAUAACGAAAAUAUUUUAGAUAAAAACUAUAGUAUUAUGGAAUCAAGUAAUAAUUUAAAUGUUAAUACUUGUUAUAUUAAAAAUAAAAAAAUUAUAAAUUACGAUGAAGAGAAAGAGCAUUUUAAUCAUUUGAAAAAAAAUGAAAAUAAUGAAAAUUGUAAAUUUUGUAUAAAAUUUAAACAGGUGCAUAACAUUAAUAAAUCAAAAAGAAUUUUAAAUUUAUUUGAAAAGGAAGAAAAAAUAAAUAUUAAAAAUAUGAUAUAUUAUGGAAAAACAGUUAGAACUAAUAUAUUUUUAUUAUGCCCAUAUGAAAAUAAUUUAUAUGAAAACUGUAAUACUUUUAUUGAUGAUGAGGAAAAUAUAAAUAAUAAGGAACAUAAUUUUGUAGAUAAUGAAUGUAAUAAUAUUAAUGAUAUUGUUUUAAAUACUACUACUACUACUACUAAUAAUAAUAAUAAUAAUAAUAGUAACAGUGUUGUUAAUGGUGAUUUUACCAAUAAUUCAAAUAAAAAUAAUUAUAAAAAUUUAAAUAAAAAUGAAAAAGUAAUAAAUAAAAUAAAUUCAUAUUGCAUAGUUAGUAAUAACGAAUUAUUAUAUGGAAAGAAAACAAAAGAAAAUCAUUUUAUGAAAAAUUAUAAAAAAAUAAUAGAUAAAUAUUUUUUAAAUGAUAUUGAUUUCUUUGGAAAAUGGAUAAAAUGUUUUUCUAUGAAUGCAUUAAAAAUAUUGAUAUUUUGUUUAAGUAGCAAUGAUUUAAUUGUAAGAAUGAUUAGUAUCAAAGGUCUAUCUAUUUUUUUUCAAUUAUUAGAAAAUUCUUUUUUACUAUAUAAAAUUAGAAAGAAAUUAAGUUCCUUUAAUAGAAACAGUACAGAAAAUGAAAACAAAGAAAAAAGUACAUUUUUAAAAAAAAACAACAACAAAAAAAAAAAAUUAAUAAUUCCUUUUAAAGAAUUAUUUUUUUUAUAUUUUUUUAUGAAAAAACUAAAAUACUCGGUAGAUCCUAAUUCAUAUUAUAUUAACCCAUGCGUAGCUUCUUAUUCUUUUUUUUUUAUAAAUGAAUUAUACAAAAAAUCAAGCAUUAUUACCACUUUAAAAAAUAUGAUUAAAAAUAAAGUUUUUUCAAUUCAUUUUUUUCAUUCAUAUUUAAAUAAUUUAUUUAAUAGUAAUAACUAUAUUUCAUUAAAUAUAAUUAACUUUUUUAUUAUUUCUAAUCAAGCUCUUUUUUCUACCAGUAAUAAAUUAAAAAAUUGUGAUGAGGAAAAUGAAGAAAACAAUAGGAGUUAUGCUGAAAAUGAUGAGAACACUUUUCAUUAUGAGAAAAAUAAUAAUUCAAAAAAAGAAGAAUGUAAUAUAAAUUAUUCAAAGCAAACAAGCAAUGUUGUUAGUAAAAGUUUUUAUGCAACCUCUCACUUUAGUAACAGAAUGAUUCAUGAUUUUGAUAAUGAUGAUAAUUUAGAAGAAAUAAAUGAUGAAAAUACGAUAAUUAAAAAAGAUAAUGAAAUUAUAGAUAAAUUACUAUAUAUUAAUAGUAAUUAUAAAAAUGCAAUAAAAAUGAUUUACAAUAUUUUAAAUAAAAAUAGCAUUUUUGAAAUUUAUUUAUCUGUAUUUUUUAAUAAUUAUAUAAAUCAUAAUUUAUUAAAAAAAUUUCUAAUAUUACUCAUUACUUCAAGCAAUAUUCUGAAUAUACAAGAUAUAGAAUGUGAUGAUAAUAAUGUAAUUAAUUAUUUCAAAAGUAAUAAUAAUAACAAUAAUGAUUUUAAAAUACUUGAUAAUGAUAACAAUUAUUUUAAUAAUCAUGAUUUUACAAAUUGUAAUAAUGAUAAUUAUUAUGAAAAGAAUGAUAAUUAUUAUGAAAAGAAUGAUAAUUAUUAUUAUGAAAAGAAUGAAAAUAAUUUUAGUAAUAAUGAUAUGUUUAAUUAUGAUAACAAAAAUGUAAGCAAUUUCAAUAGUUAUAAUAACAUAAAUAAUGAUGAUAGUUAUAUAGACUAUUAUUUUAAAAACAACUUAAUUCUUAAAUUAAUAACAAAAAAUAAUAUUUUAUUGUGGUUAGAUUCUAUCAUGCAUCAAAAACUGUUUCUUGAAGAAAUGACAAUCCAAUAUCCCACAUCUUUUAUAUUUCCAAUUUUAAAUUUUUAUGAUUUAAUAAAUAUAAAUGAAAAAUAUUAUAUGAAUUAUAUUUGUAGUAAUAUAAAAUGUUUAGAAGAUAAACAAAGGUAUUUGUGUUGUUUAAAAAAUGAGGAUAAUUCUAAUUCAAAUAUUAUAAAUUUUUAUUCAAAUAAAGAAAUUUAUGAAAAUUUUAAGGGAAACAAACAGGCAGUUAAAGUAAAAGACACUUUUAUAAAUUCUACUUUAAAUGAAGAUGAUGGAAAAAAAAAUGAAAAUAAAUGGAAAAUUAUUUCUUUAAAUAAUAAUAACAUAAAAAAUGAGAUAUUAAAAAAAGAGGAAGAUGCUAUUUUUAAUAAAAAUAGUAACUAUAUAACAGCUAGUGAAUAUUUAGAAAAAAUAAUAAAGAAAAAGUAUAUAAUUGGAUACAGUUUUAAAGAAAGUUAUGAGAAGAUAUCAGAAUUAUUUUUUUAUUUAUCUUUAUUUAUAAAUAACAUUGUAACUAAUUUGUUUUAUUCAUGUUUAGAUUACUCGAAUAUUUUUAAUAACAUGUUAUUAAGUAGAGAAAAAAAAAUAAUUAAACAUUUUAUAUUAAAAAAUGCAUAUAAAAUAAUACAUAAAGUAGAUAACAAAUUCGAAAUAUGGAAUUACUGGUAUAAUAUUUUUCAUAAAUCAAUUUCUUUUAAAAUUAGAAAUUUUCUUUUUAUUGAUAAUGAAGGGAAAUUGAAAAAUACAAGCUUAAAUAUAUUUCCUCAUUUAAUUAAAAUUAUAAGGAAUUUAAUUAGGAGCUUAUAUUAUAUUUUUUUUAAUUUAUUUCAUAAAGAAUAUUUUACGCUGUUUAUUCAUUCAAAAAAAAAUAAAAAAUCAAUUUCUAAAAAAAUUUGUAAUAUGAAGAAUUACCAUGUAAAUAAUUUAAAAAUAUGUAAAACAUUUUUGAAAUAUAUUUAUUUAAUAUUUAAUAUUUUAUUUAACAUAUGUACAAAUUUAUUUGAUAAAAACGAGUCAAAUAGUAAUUUAUUUAACAACUUUAUUUCGACAAAAGUAGUUGUAGAAAAUUUUUUUAUUAAUGAAGAUAUAAGUUUAAUUAUUAAUGAAAUUAUAGUUUUUUUUGAAAAUGUUGUAGUAAUUUAUAAUUAUUUGAAUUUACGAUUCUUAAAAAUCUCAAAAAAAGUUGAUACUAAAUAUGAAAUUGAUAAGUUAAAAAAGGAAGAAAAAAAAAAAAAUAAAAAUAAAAAUAAAAAUACAAAAGAAAGGAAAAAGGAAAAAUCAAUUAAAACUUUUCAUAUAGAUGAUCAUAAAAACUUAUUAAAAGAAACUUUUAAUAAAUCACCAAAUUUUUCAAAUUAUUAUUUGUAUAAAAAAAUUAUAUUAUUCACCUUAAGUAUGAUACAUAAAAACUGUUAUAAAAAUAGCAAAUAUUUCCAUUAUAUAUUUUUAAAUAAAUUAAUAACAAUAUAUCAUUUCUUAAAACCAAAUUAUAUAACAAAAGUUUAUUUAUAUAUAUAUGAAACAUUUAACAUAAUAAAAAAAGACAAAUUUGAAGCUUUGUUAAAACAAAUUUUAUAA